AUGAAACUUAUACUUUUGGUAAGUUCAAUAUAUUUAACUAGUAUUCUUAAAAUAUGGGGAUAUAUAGGGAAUCUUAAAAUUCACACAUUUAAUGAUGUUUCAAAUAAGAGGAUAACUAGUAGAAAAGUAAACAACUUAAAAAUAAAUAUGCAAAAUGAUUUUAAUUAUGAAAAUAAUAAUAAAAGAUUUUAUAAUAAUAGGCCUGUUAUGAAUGAAAAGUCGUUAAAUAAAAUAACAUUAAUUGGAAGGGUUGGUUGUGAACCUGAUAUAAAAAUAUUAAAUGGUGGUGAUAAAGUAGCAACAUUUAGUUUAGCAACAAAUGAAUUUUGGAGAGAUAGAAAUAGCAAUGAAUUAAAAUCGAAAACAGAUUGGCAUAGAAUAGUUGUAUAUGAUCAAAAUAUAGUCGAUUUAAUUGAUAAAUAUUUAAGAAAAGGAAGAAGAGUAUAUAUACAAGGAUCCCUACAUACAAGAAAAUGGUUUGGAAAUGAUUUAAAUAAUCAACCAAGACAAAUAACUGAAAUUGUUUUAUCUUAUAACAAAGGAGAUUUAAUAUUUCUUGAUGAUAGACGUAAUUUUACUUCAAGAAAUAUAUCAAAUAUGCCAAACAGCGAAAAUAAAAAUGAAAUAAAUAAUAUGAACCAAAAUAUUGGCAUGGAUAGUGAUAUGAUUUCUUCAAUGGACAAUGUUGAAGAUGAUCAAAGUAUUAGUAGUUUUGACCAUAACCCGGAUGAUAACUCUAAUAAUUUUGAGUCAACUGGUAAUCCUAUAGACAAAGAUGAAGGAGGAAUAUACGACAAAAUGAAUACACAAGAAUUUGAAGAAUGA